CACAGUUGUUUCUCUGACGCGAUUCGGACGUAUUCGCAAAACUUUUGACAAGGAUCUGCUGUUGCUCGCAGUGAUCUCGAGGUGUCUUAGGAAUCUCUCUUUCACACUAUGGAAUCCUCGGCAAUUGACGAAGCUGAGUCUACUGAAGUUAAGGUGCCGCAGAUUAAUUUUCAGACGGAAAUGAAUAACAACAUAGGAAAUACAUCAUCUAACUCACCUCCUAAUCUCACUCUUCUAAGGGAAAGAUCCAAUUCCGCAGUGAUUGAUUCUAUCGGCUUGAAAAGGUACUUAGCGGUUUUUGCAUCUUCGACUGCCCGACGCCGGAGCAAAUCUCUAACUGCUACAGAUUACUAUACACUAUCAGUUUCUCAUUGUACGGAUAAUUUGUGUAUUCCGGGAACAUCCCGAGAUGAUCAGGCAAUAAGAACGACGAACAAUAGGCAAGAAGGUGAACAAUUCAACAAAAGGGCGAUAUCACCUCUAUCAACAAUCGACGCUAUCGGCACCAUCGAAAAAAAGCCAUUGUUAAACAGUCCUCCAAAACUUACCGCAUUAAUGCCAGUUGAAAAGGAUGCAGACUGCUAUAAUAUGAAUCACAAAAAUCGCGGUAAGUGCAUAAUCUUCAAUCACGAAGAUUUCUCUAUGUCUACACAAUUGAAACGAGUGGGUACUGCAAAGGAUGCAGAAAGAUUGCAAAAAACUUUUGGAAACCUCGGAUUUGACGUUGAACUUCACAAUGACUUUACAUUCUCCGAAAUACAAGAUGUGCUAAAAAGAGUGAGUCAGCUCGACCAUACGGAUAAUGACUGCCUCUGUGUCAUUACAUUAACCCAUGGCCUGCAGAGGGACAUAAUAUGCGCGAACGACGUCAUGUAUGAAUCCAAUGAGCUUUGGAAGCCUUUUGCUGCCGAUAAAUGUUUGACGCUUGCGGGCAAACCUAAGUUGUUUUUCAUCCAAGCUUGUAGAGGCGAUGAAUCCGAUGAUGGUGUUCAACUAGUAAGCAAUCGAUCUUUAAGAGGAACGGAAACUGAUUCCGUUACUACAAGUUAUUCUAUUCCGAUUCACGCGGAUUUUCUGUUAGCUCACAGCUCAAUUGAAGGUUUUUAUACCUGGAGGAGUCCCUUUGAAGGAACGUGGUAUAUACAGUGCUUAUGCGACAUUUUAGAUGAACAUGGAACAACAAUGGAUUUGAUGAAAAUGUUGACUUUAACAGCGCGAAAGGUUGCCACAGAAUUUUCCUCCGUCAAUCUCGAGCAUAGAAUUUUACACAACAAGAGACAAGUGCCUUCAGUGACGACGAUGCUGAUCAGAUCUGUUCAUUUUCCACCAAAAUCGAAAAAAUAAUUUCGCAGAGAAAUUACAAGAAAUUUUUAAAAAGGAUAGAAAAUAAUCG